AUGAUGUUCCCCAGCGCACUUGCGCCACCUGCAAUGUACCCAGGGACUCUGUCUCUACCCCAGUCACUGCAGUCAGCAUUUGCCGCUCAUUCAAGCUUUCUAAUGGAAGACCUGCUGCGGAUCAGCCGGCCGGUGAGCUACAUGCACCGGACAAUUCCUUUUCACAGCGUGUCGCCUUCAGUGACAGGAAUCACCACGCUCACGAGCGGCCGCACUGACAUGGCUGUCAUUUCUUCGCAGACAAGGGCGAGUUCUCCUCAGACCUCAGUGUCCACGCACAGCGACCCCAACUAUCUAAAGUUUGGAGUUAACGCCAUCCUAGCACCAUCCAGACACGCAUCCUCCUCCCCAUCCUUGCACGGCCUUCACUCCAAAGCUUUCCCUCUACCGUAUUUUGACGGGUCGUUUCAUCCCUUCGUCAGAGCAUCGUAUUUUCCAGCAUCAUCUUCUGUUGUACCUAUUCCUGGAACGUUCUCAUGGCCGCUGGCUGCCAGGGGCAAGCCUAGAAGAGGGAUGCUUCGACGAGCAGUGUUCUCUGACGUGCAGCGGAAAGCCUUGGAGAAAAUGUUUCAAAAACAGAAAUACAUCAGCAAACCUGACCGAAAGAAACUGGCCGCCAAAUUAGGUCUCAAAGAUUCACAGGUAAAAAUAUGGUUCCAAAACCGAAGAAUGAAGUGGCGCAAUUCCAAAGAGAGAGAAUUGCUGUCGUCCGGAGGGAGUCGUGAACAAACGCUGCCCACCAAACUGAACCCCCAUCCGGACCUCAGUGACGUCGCCAAGAAGUCGUGUGAGGAAGAGGUGGAAGCUUACAGACGGGACAGUCCGCGCGCUUCUUUCUGCCACUCUCCGUCCGACCGCGACCACUUGAACAGCGUAGAGUCGCAUCUUUCCUCGCCCUCCAUUUCUAGCAAGCACUCGGACUUUUCAGAAUCGGAGGACGAAGAAAUUACCGUGUCUUAGUUGUGAAUAGAUUACUUAUGAUGACACGUAUUUUAAUAGUUAAACAAUGUGAACAUUAAUUACGCGAUACACAAGUGUAACUUCUUAUCCUUGUAACUUUAAACACCAUUUCAGUUGCAUUUGUCUUGCAGAUCUACCCCGGUGGUUGUUUUAAGGGAUUCACUCCUUGAAGUAAAUUAGCUGUAUUUUCUCAGCCCUUUGUAACGUGCUAAAAUAUUUUAAGGGAAAUCUUUAUACCAAGAGUAUUAUUAUCACUGACUAUUCAAUUAGAUUGAAUACUUUAAAAAAUACUAUAUCGAUGCUAGAUGUAUAUAAAAACACAUAUUUUAUUCGUAUGUCUUGUAUGAAUAUUUGUACUCCGAGUAUAUUUUUCUACAUAAACGUAUCCAAAUGUAUAAUAAAUGUCAAGCUGAUUAUAAGUGAAUAAAUGAAUGAAAUAAUAUUUAAACGUUAUUGACUCGCAUCAAAGUGAGAAAGAUAAAAAUCAUGGAUCGGUAAUUGACGAACGCAUCAAUGACUACUGUGUAAUUCAUUAUAAGGUCAGAUUCAUUUACAAAGUUUCUUCAUUUAGGAAACCUAUAAAUUGACAAGGAAUAACAACUUAAAAGAGAUGGAAACUGUACAUUUGGUUACAAAUACUAGUUCUGCUAGAAAAUGUAAUUGAAACAUGGAAUAGAUCUAAUCUUUACAAAAUUAAAAUGUACAUGACCAAAAUUGACAUAUUAAAGACUAAUCAUAGAUUAUCAACAACUGGAUGAUGGAAAUAUCUCACCUUUCAGCUACACAUUUUAAUAUACAAACUCUGUGGUAAAAAACAAACAAAACAUCAACACCCACACACAAACACACAUUUCUAUUUGUUCUUGCAUCAACCACAUACUCUAGCACUGAAAACACACCCACCUAAUUAUUCACAGAUCAGUUCACAGGCUGACCUACAGGAAAACACAUCUUGGCAUCAAUAACUUGAAAAA